AUGGCUAGAGGAGGGCUCAUAGGAGUCUUCAUUUGGAUUGACGAAUGGGAAGAGAACUUUCAGUGUUGGAUGAGAAGUGCCGGCGAAGUGCGGGAGCGUAAUGUACCUAUUCAAAAUGGCCUUCCGUGUUUGCAUUUCAUCGCUUCUUGGCAACAAUGGGAUACAAUCGUCGGAACCCCUUGGGGCCAAGAGGUACAAGAUACAUCAAACUCACCUUUGAGAGAUAUCGACAAAUCUGUGAAGCGAGAUGCGAUCCUGAAGGACACGCACCAGUCAGGAGCAUUCGCAGUCAAGUGCUCGAGCUGCGAAUCAAUCGCGACAGUCAUCUCUUUGACCAAAAAACGCAUACUCUCAGCGCUCUCCAGAUCCAGUCUUGCUGCGCAUUCAUCCACCACCAUUGGUUUGCCUGCAUGUCCUGCUCAAAUGUCCCACUCAACGGUAGCCGAGACUAUCGCUGCAGGAAAAAUGACCAACUCCUUACCUGAGUCCUUCCCGGACAAAUUCAUGACUCUAGCGUACUCCACCACAGCCCGCGCCGCAUCGUCCUUCACUUGCACGAUUCGGGGCUCUGUGUACGACGUUCAUUCGGGGAUACACAGAAAACCUCGCCAGCUGCGAGAGCGACGGAGGCGUGGCAAAACAAGUCUGCUUGCGAGCUGUUACGGUUCGCGGGAAUGCUGUUACGGUUCGCGGGAAUGGCGUUCAAGAGCUAUCGGGGUUACAAUGAACGAGGAGGAAGUGAGCAGAGCGCCGGAUAUAUGGUUUUUGAAAAGAGAUGACCCCGCUCAGUAG